AUAGAAAAUAUUAUAAAUAAUAUGUUUUAUUAUGCAUCCAUCUAUCUAGGCAAGUGCCAAUUUGUCAGGGAGUCCUUUGGCUACCAUGUCAGAUCUUGGGAGUUCCAGUUCAAAUCUUAAACCCUUUCGGCCGACGCCUUUCAAAAUUUGUUAUUCAGAGAAACCCAGGCACUAUGAUCACCUUGAAGCUGGGCAUGCCCCAAGCACAUAUUCAAAAAAUCCUGAUCACAAGUCGCUUCUAUAACUGGGGCAACUAUGAUGCCAGCUCAGGGGAAUGCUGUAGGAUGCGUGACAAGGAGAUGACCAUGUGCAUGCAGACCAAGCAGUCAUGCCCGUUGGAGUACGAGUCCGACAAGUGCUAUGAGAAACCAUCUUUCUGUGAGAACAAGUAUCCUAAGUAUUUGCUGGAAAUAUAUAACCGGGGACGACCUGAUCCUGACUGUUUGCUGAAACUGAUCCGGCACGACAGUGAACAUUACAAGCCGUCGGAUAAGAAUCGUCAAUACCAGCGUACAUGGCCGGAGUGUCCGUUUCUUUGGCUGAAACCCAAGGACGUCUGCUGUCCUAAUCCGGAGAUAUAUCCGCCCAUGAAGCGCCGCUGCCGCCCACCGCCGGAACCACCGCUUUCUGCCAUUGAUAAGCAUCUCCUUCAGAUGAGCAUGCUCUGCAAAACGUUGAAGCCUCCGUGUUGCAAAAUGGGACGCCGUCCGCCCAAGUGUAUCAUCACGCGACUGCCCGCCGAUUGUUGCAAGAAGACAGCACCCCAGCCCAGUUUCUCGGAGGCUUGUCGUCAUCUCAUACCACGAUUCUGCGGCUCCGAGUGCGCUUGCCGGGUGGGAAGUUUGUGCGAAAUGUGGAAGGCAUACCAUCGGCUGAACAAGUCCCGCCAAAACUGCGUUAAACCCUUGAUAGGAUACUCUCCCUACAGGUCUAGGAUGCGGUUUCCGUUUUGAG